AUGACUGAUCUCGAAGUAGGUGAAUCGACUUACCAACUCAACAGAAAACCAUUUGAAGUCAUUUUGCUAUGGAUCCUGGCAGCCGUCGCGUACAUCUAUGUUUAUUACUUGGUAUUUGAUCAGAUACCUUUCCAGCAUAGCGAGCACCAACAUUAUGACUCUUUACCCUCAACCGUGCAACAUAGACCAGUUUCCACUGCGCAUAGCUUGGAUACGCACCAUGGUUCUUCGCCCUCCACCACGCAUAACUUGGAAACGCACCACGACCCUCUACCUUCCACCGCGCAUAACUUGGAAACGCAUAAUGAUCCUCUACCAUCCACCACACAUAAGCCAGAGAUUCAUCAUGAUUCUUCACGACCGCCAUCACGUAAUAUGACAUCCCCUAACUUUCAAAAUCAUCCGUCGUCAGAUUUUCAUCAGAUUUACGUCGUGAACGCAUAUUACAUCAGGUUCUAUACACCUUCUUGUUUUUCUUCCUAUUAUCUCUCGGCUAACAUGAGUAUCGGUGUAGAACCCAGCGGUUCUAAAGUCAAUAAAAAUACUUCGAGAAUAAAUACGGGAUCGAAUCAAGAUAAUACACGGGUAAUCGAAAAGCUAUCGAUAUCCUCGGAGAAUAAGACCUUAUGUUACGAAAAAAUCCACUUGGAACAUCUUGAAUUUUACGAGGAAUUAUCGAAAAAAGGAAUAAUGAUAAAAAUCAGGCAUGAAUUUUGGGAUUUGAUCAACGUGGUGAGCAUUGAAUUCGAGGAGAAACAUUUGGAAAUUGUGAAGAGUAUCAAAGGUGUCAAGAGUGUUUUGAGAGUGUAUGACCAUAGAGUAAUUCCUAAAGGAAGCAAAAACCCAUUCGUGGAAUCCGGUGUCAUAAAUAAAGGUAACAUCAUAUUCUUCUGCCUUUUACUACAUCUGCAUCGAAAUUCUUACUAUUAUUCGGAAUCAGGGAAACGAGAAUGGCUUCCUGAUACAAAAAUUCAAUUUGCACCUGGAACUGAUGUAAAUUUUGUUCACAAUUUUACUGGCAUUGAAUUGGUGCGUCAUCGCUAUGGUUUAACCGGAAACGAGAUUAAAGUUGGAAUUGUGGAUAGUGGCGUAGACUACACGCAUCCGGCAUUGGGCGGCUGCUUUGGACCGGGAUGUCGAGUACGCUACGGCUACGACUUUGUAGACAAUGACCGCGAUCCUAUGGAUCCGUGUCUUGGCCAUGGAACUCAUGUGGCCGGCAUUGUGGGAGCCGACGAUCGCAGACCUGAGGGGACCGGAUUCGUUGGAGUUGCACCAGACGUGAUUUUCGGAGCUUACAGAGUAGUAAAAUGCGAUGGAUAUGGUUACAAUGAUGUCAUAUUGAAGGGGAUGGAAAAGGCCAAAGAUGAUGGGAUGGAUGUUAUUAACCUAUCGCUGUCGGAAGAAGGGUGGGCCGAAUCUCCAGUCUCGGAGAUGGCCGAUGUUCUUUCAAAAAUUGGGAUUGUCGUGGUAGUGGCAAAUGGAAAUUAUGGUUACAAGGGACUUUGGGAAUCUGGUGUACCAGCAAUAGGGCUUGAUGCCAUAUCUGUUUCGUCUGUGGAAAAUACGUACGUUGCGGUGCACAAAGCUGUGGUGACAUCUGAAUUACAAAAAUACAUUGUCGGAAUAUUCGCUCUGGAAAGUAACUCACUAGUUCCGCUAUAUCCGUUACUAAAACCCCAAAAAUUUCCAAUUCCCUACGCGACACUGAUUCCCGAGCAAUUUCGUCAGCUUGUCGCGUUGGCCGCGGAGUUACCUGAGCUGGAACUGGACUUUUCAGAUGUGCUGACAUACUUUAUUCCCAAUAAAUUCGGUAAAACUUCGUCACCAUUUACGUCCUGGGGAUUAACACCAGAGUUUGAUAUUAAGGAAAUUUCUGCUCCGGGAGGGAUGAUAUUUUCAUUGUAUCCUUUAAAAUUUGGUGGAUACUCCUUGUUAUCUGGAACCAGUAUGGCCUCACCAUAUGUUGCAGGUUCUGUCGCUUUAUUGUUGGAAAAAUAUGGUUAUCAAGGUCCGGAAACACCCCUUCGAAUCCGUCAAGAACUCAUGAAUUAUGCAAUUCCCACCAUCAGCGAUUAUACAAACACAAUCUCCCCGGUGCUUCAGCAAGGUUCCGGUCUCCUUAACGUCUAUAACUCCAUCUCCUCUCUAACAUCUGUCACUCCUAUAAAGCUGGCCCUGAACGAUACCCUAAACGGAAAUUUCAGUUGGCGCCCAUUGUGGAUUUACAAUGGUGGGAGUGUUACAAAAAAUUAUACGCUUUCAAGCUUUCCGGUGGCAUCUGUGGACGGAUAUGUUAAUAACACUCAUAGUGCAUCGUACCAACAGUUGACAUUCAGUAAUGAGGUGGUAGCGGAUGUUCAGUUUCGCGAAAAUUUUGUGAUGGUCGGGCCAGGAGAGAACAAAAGCAUUUUGAUAAAAAUUACUCCGCCGAAGGUUAGUAGAGAAAGUCGUUGGUUUUACAGUGGGUUUAUUCUGGUGACAUCGAGAGAUGAUGAUGUUAAUGUCACCAUUCCAUACGCUGGAUAUGCAUCGGUAGCCGAGGAACUCCCAAUAAUGCCUUUGCCAACUCUUCCACGACUAUUAUCAUCCACCAUGGGGGUGGUGCCCGAGAGAGCAUCUGCCAUCUUUAGCAUGUCUGAUGGCGAUACUCCAAUUGUUGAAUACGCAUUAAUAACACCUACCCGUUAUUUGCAAGUUCAUAUUCUCGAUUCAAAAAAAAAGGUAUUAUUCUUGUACGCCAAAGCUAAUUAUGUGGGCAAAUAUCCACCAAAAAAGUGUUAUCCAUUGUGGUUUGCAUGGGAUGGGUUAAAGAGCAUUGAAAAUGAUACCUUUGAGAAGGUUCCUGAUGGUAGUUAUUACAUAAGGUUGAGGGCAUUGAAGUUGUUAGCGGAUCCAAAAGAUAAUAAGAGUUGGGAAAUGUGGAUUUCUCCGAAUAUCAUUAUAAGACGUUAUUAA